UAAUAUUACUAUUAUUCCUAUUAUUUUUUAAUAUUUUCUCCUUUUUAUUCAUCAAGUUUUGGUUUUUACUUGUUUUUUCUUUCUUUCUUUCUUUUUCUUCUUCAACUCCAAAGAUAGAGAGAGGAGUGGGAGGGGAAGGGAGGAAGAGAGGGGAGGAAAGGAUCAACCAAUUGAUGUGAUUAUGGGGAAAACACCCACCAUCUUUGAUCUCAUUUCAAAACAAUUAGCCUUGUUUUGAUAUGAUUUCUUCAUGUGGGUGUUAAUUUGCUAUAUGGGAGAAGUUUAUUUGUUUGUUUUCACACAAGAUAUUAUUCAUUGAUGUUCUUUCACAAUUUAAAAGGAGUUUUCGUAGAAAACUUCCUCCCGGCAGAUUCAGAAUUUUCGCGCAACUCUUUCCUCUAAGCCGGGCACCGCCACCACCAAAUUCCGGAAAUGGGCCCUCCUAAUCUCAACACCUUCAGACUUUAUCAGCUCUGGAAGGGUAACAACAAACCAAAACUCAUUACGAAUGUACAAGAAUGUUGAUCCCGAAUGAGAUUGGUUAGCAGGAACUUUUGUUAAUCAAACAUAGCAAUCAACUACAAUAUCUUGCUAGGAGAAAAGAAAUUCUUAUGUGGUGGGAGAUUAGUGUUUGGCCCAGAUGCUGCAUCACUGUUCUUGACAUCAUUCCUAAUUGGAGCUCCAGCAAUCACAUUCUGCAUAAAAAUGUUGUUAAUGAUGCGCAUUGAUCCUGUUUUCAACUACCCUGUUCUUGUUGGUGGAUGGGUUCUCCUAGUCAUGAUAAGGCUAUACUUGCAGGACUUUGCAUUCUUAUUCCUGACAUCGAGUAGGGAUCCAGGGAUCAUCCCAAGGAACUCACAGCCACCAGAGAUGGAGGAUUCUUCGAUGGACAUGACCGCGACGUCGAUGGAAUGGGUGAACAACAGGCUAGCACACUUCAAGCUCCCCAGGACAAAGGAUGUGUUUGUGAAUGGUUACAGUGUGAGAGUGAAGUUCUGCGAGACUUGCUUGUUGUAUCGUCCUCCUAGGGCUUCCCAUUGCUCCAUAUGCAACAAUUGUGUCCAGAAGUUUGAUCAUCACUGCCCCUGGGUGGGUCAGUGCAUUGGAUUGAGGAACUACCCAUUUUUCAUAUGCUUCAUAUCAUCGUCGACCAUGUUGUGCAUAUAUGUGUUUGUGUUCUCGUGGAUCAACAUCAUCCGCCAACAGGGAACCUUGUGGACUGUUCUUUCCAACGACAUCAUCUCCCUUAGUUUGAUCAUCUAUUGUUUCAUUGCUGUUUGGUUUGUUGGAGGCCUCACCGUUUUCCACUUAUACUUGAUUUCCACUAACCAAACAACUUACGAGAAUUUUAGAUAUCGGUAUGAUAAGAAGGAUAAUCCGUUCAGAAGAGGGUGCCUACAGAACUUCAAAGAAGUGUUUGUAUCAGACAUUCCACCAUCGGCAGUAAACUUUAGGGAAUGGGUGGCUCCAGUGGAGAUCAUCGAUGAUUCAGUGAGGAGUGUGAGCAUGAAUGGGCAUAACAAUUUAAUGAGCUCUAAGGAGAAAUUUGACUUGGAAAUGGGAGGGGAUAAGCUUGGGAAGGAAGGGACUAAGCUCCCAGCCAUUUUGCAGAACUUGAAUUAUAAUAGUUUCAAUGACGAUGAUCAUGAUGAUGAUUUGAAGAGGAAAGGAAAAUCUGACGGUGGAGUUGCUACAUUUGAUCCUUAUAAUGAUUUAUCAGAUCGUCAUAGCUCGCAACAUAAGGUCAUGAACGCAGCAGCAACCCUUCACGAACAGCAUGCACACUAAACGAAAGACUUUAUUAUGGACUAUAUGGCUGGGAAGCAAUACUCUCCAUACUCCACCAUCCAAAUCCAGUUGAAGGUCAUGUAAUUCCAAGAUGAGAGAAAUGAGAUGGAGGAGAGCAAAUGAGGGUUUGAGAUGUCAAGUAGAAGGUGGUAAAAGAUUCAAAUGGAAAUUGUGUGGUUGAUGUGUAAAACAUUUUGAAAGAGUUAACAUUAGCAUAUAAUUGCAAAUCCUUCCUUUUGUCCCAUCCUUGGUUCCUCACCAACUCCUUCUCAUCUCAUCUUUUUGGGUUACAAUUUGUUUCAAUAUCAAAAGGUAAAGAGUACAAAGAGAAAGCAAAACCUAGAAAAGGAAGAAAAAAAUAAAAAAAAGAUGCAAUUUUACUUGAAUCAUGGUAUCAUCAUAUAGCUUCAUUAGAAUACAACAUUGUUAAGAUCAAAAUGUGUAAUUCUUAAUUAGUUUGUUUUUAUCAUGUGUUAAUUCUCACUUUAUAAUUUUUUUAUAGAAG